CCAGUUAUGACCGAAUCUUAACGUUCCAAGUAUACACAACUCACAUUACUCACUCACUAACAAAACGGAACACACACCAAAAGUGUUUCCAAAAAAUAUUUCACACUUAUUAGGGUUUUGAAUAUUUCAUUACAAAUCCAACCAUCCAUCGCCGCCGCAUAACAACAAUGUCAGACCUCACAUCUCCUCCCUCCGACCAAUUAGCCACCGUCACAAUCGACGCCGACGAAGUUCCCAAAGCUGAAUUCUCAGACAGAGUCCCGAUCCAAUCCAUUAUCCGCCGUGAAGAUGGCGGCUCAGGUUUAGCUGGUAAGAAAGCUAGGGUUGGUGGAUGGGUGAAAACUGGAAGAAAAGCCGAUAAAAACGCUUUCGCUUUCUUGGAACUCAACGACGGAACCUGCGCCGGAAACUUGCAAGUUAUCGUUGAAGCUUCUCUUGCAGACAUUAGACAAUUGGUUCUCAGCGGAACUUGUGUUGUUGUUGAUGGCCAUCUUAGGCUUCCUCCUUCUGGUACCAAACAGAAGAUCGAACUUCGUGCUGAUAAGGUUCUUCAUGUUGGUCCUGCUGAUCCUGCUAAAUAUCCUUUGCCGAAAAUGAAACUCACUCUUGAGUUUUUGCGAGAUUACGUUCAUCUUCGUUCUCGAACCAACACGAUCUCUGCGGUUGCUAGAAUUCGGAAUGCUCUUGCAUAUGCUACACAUACGUUUUUCAACAAGCAUGGGUUUCUUUAUGUGCAUACGCCAAUUGUGACGACGAGUGAUUGUGAGGGUGCUGGUGAAAUGUUUCAAGUGACAACUUUGUUUAGUGAGGCGGAGAAGUUGGAGAAGGAUCUGAUACAGAAUCCUCCUCCAACUGAAGCUGAUGUUGAAGCUGCUAAGGUUGUUGUUCAGGAGAAAGGGGAGGUUGUUUCACAGUUGAAAGCUGCAAAAGCAGAUAAGAAGGAGAUUGGUGCUGCUGUGGUUGAACUUAACAAAGCAAAAGAGAAUCUAUCUAAACUGGAGGAAAGAUCUAAACUUCAGCCUGGUAUUCCUAAAAAAGAUGGAAAGGUGGAUUAUACUAAAGAUUUCUUUGCCCGUCAAGCGUUUCUGACUGUUUCUGGUCAGCUUCAAGUUGAGUCGUAUGCAUGUGCUCUUAGUAGUGUGUAUACAUUUGGCCCGACAUUCCGUGCAGAGAAUUCUCACACUUCCAGGCAUUUGGCUGAAUUUUGGAUGGUAGAGCCUGAAAUUGCGUUUGCAGACUUAGAGGAUGAUAUGAAGUGUGCCGAGGCGUAUGUGAAAUUUUUGUGUCAGUGGUUACUUGACAAUUGCCUUGAAGACAUGGAAUUUAUGGCUGACAAAUUUGAUAAAGGUUGCAUUGAUCGUUUGAACAUGGUUGCCUCCACCCCCUUUGUUCGACUUUCAUAUACCGAAGCUGUGGAAAUACUGGAGGAAUCUGUGAAGAAUGGUAAGAAGUUUGAGAAUGAAGUAAAAUGGGGGAUCGAUUUAGCUUCCGAGCAUGAAAGAUACCUAACAGAGGUAAAGUAUCAGAAACCUGUGAUAGUUUAUAAUUAUCCAAAAGGUAUCAAAGCAUUCUACAUGCGUCUCAAUGAUGACUCAAAGACCGUGGCUGCUAUGGAUGUUCUUGUCCCAAAGGUUGGAGAAUUAAUUGGUGGAAGCCAAAGGGAAGAGCGUUAUGAUGUAAUUCAGCAAAGACUAAAGGAGAUGGAUCUGCCUGUUGAGCCAUAUGAAUGGUAUAUUGAUCUGAGGCGGUAUGGAACAGUGAAACAUGCUGGAUUUGGUCUUGGCUUUGAAAGAAUGAUUCUUUUUGCCACUGGCCUAGAAAAUAUUAGAGAUGUGAUUCCCUUCCCACGAUAUCCUGGCAGAGCAGAUCUAUGAUAUUUCUGACCGAUUACACAAAUGGGUACUACAAUUCCUUUGCUUAAGUAGUUGAGUUGAAAACGUAGAAACCAUUUUCAUAUAGAGCAUAAAUGUCAGUCUUGUGUCAUGGGUAGACUAGCUAUUUACUUUUGAGAAAAUGUUGGGUUUUGGAUGUUAAAUCCUUUUUUAUUUAUUUCUGCUUUCGCUUUAUUUCAUUAUACAGGAUUGAAACAUGUCAGUCACACAAUUGAUUCAAUGAGUUAUAUUUGGUUUUAUGGUUGAUAAUUAUAUACAAGUCUCCUUAGAAGUU